AUGUACUCAGGGAAUCAAACUUCAAGCACUGAUUUCAUCCUGGUGGGGCUCUUCAGUUCAACAAAACAUGCAGUCCUCCUCUACUCUCUGUCCUUUAUCUUAUUCUUGAUAGCUUUAACUGGGAAUGCUCUUCUCAUUCUCCUGAUCCACACAGAGCCCCGUCUUCAUACCCCUAUGUACUUCUUUAUCAGCCAGCUCUCUCUCAUGGACCUGAUGUAUAUAUGUGUGACCGUCCCCAAAAUGCUUGUGGGCCAGGUAACAGGAAAGAAUACAAUUUCCUCCUUAGGUUGUGGGGUCCAGAUGUUCUUCUACCUGACCCUCGCUGGAGCUGAGUUUUUCCUUCUGGCUGCCAUGUCUUACGAUCGAUACGCUGCCAUUUGCAGACCUCUCCAUUACCCGCUGCUCAUGAACCAGAGAGUCUGCCAUCUCCUUGUCUCUGGAUGCUGGUUUCUGGGAACAGUGGAUGGAUUGUUGCUCACCCCAGUUACCAUGAGCUUCCCCUUUUGUCAGUCGAGGAAGAUCAUGAACUUCUUCUGUGAGGCCCCUGCCCUGCUGAAGCUCUCCUGCUCUGACAUUUCCUUAUAUAAGACGCUCAUGUACCUGUGCUGUGUCCUUAUGCUCCUCAUCCCUGUCUCCAUCAUCUCCUUCUCAUACGCCCUCAUCUUGCAUCUUAUCCACAAGAUGAAUUCAGCUAAAGGUAGAAGGAAAGCUCUUGCCACAUGUUCCUCUCACAUGAUGGUAGUGCUGCUUUUUUUUGGUGCCUCCAUUUACACCUACAUGCUUCCCAGAUCCUAUCACACAGCAGAACAGGACAUAAUGGUAUCUGCUUUUUACACCAUUAUCACCCCUGUGCUGAAUCCUCUUAUUUACAGCCUCCGGAACAAAGAUGUCACAGCAGCCCUGAGGAGUAUGAUGUCAUCAGGGAUGAGACUAAGAAAAAUUGUAAAUUUGAAAACCUAG